CCGCCAAGGAAAUGUCAUGCGCGCGCACGACAAAUGUCAAGUGAAAAGUGAAUGUGCAGCACACACGUCUCAAAUUUUCUCUCAUAAUUUUUUUCUCAGCUAAAAUAUCUGCCUGGAGCACGCCCAAACGCAUAAAUUGCACAGAGUUCUAUAGGUAGGCAAGUGUAAAUUGCAACAAAAUAGGUUGGCGAAAGAAUGGAGGACGAUUGGGAGCAAAUAGCUGAGAAGAUUGAUCGGGUGACCAUACCCCCAAAGAAUCCCAACAUCAACAAAUGGGAGGGUGAAGAUGAGGAGGAUGAUGUUAAGGAUAGCUGGGAAGAUGAUGAAGAGAAGAAGGAUGAGGAAAAGGUAGAGACUAAAGUCACGAGAACGAAACCCAAGAAGAAUCUACAAGAAAAAAUAGCUGAAAAAGAGCGCCUUCAUCAGGAAGAACUUGCAAAGAGGGAGCGUGAAAAGGAGAAAACCAUGACACCAGAGGAACUACAGGCUGAAAAACUCAGAAUUGAGAAGGAACAGAGAGAGUCGGACUUGAGAAAUGCUCAGGAGUUGCUGGGUGUCAGUGCUGAUCGCCUAUCUGGAGAGGGAAUUGAUGCAAUGUUGCCCACAAAUAAAGCAGAGUUCUCCGAACUUGCUGAAGCCAUUAGCAAAAAAGUAUCCACAUUCAAAAACAAGGAUGAAUUUCCGGGAUGUGUGGAAGAAAUAGUUCGCAAUCUUUGUGUACAUUUGAAUUCAAUUGAUUUGAAAAAGGUAAAAACCACAGUGGAUAAUUUGUACACAGAAAAGCAGAAGAUGGAGAAGGAGAAAAGUAAAAAAGGCAAGGGCAAGUCAUCACGAGCCAAAUUGAGAUACGACGGUGACACUCAAUCGAAGAUUACGGAUUAUGGGUACGAGGAAUACGAUGACUACGAUGAUUUCAUGUAACAUUAAAUCAAAUUGGGGGAUCUUAACUUGUUAUCUACACGAAUUACAAUGUAAAACAAAUUAAGCAACAUUCAAGUACAGAAAUUAUUUGGUGAAAUGAGAAAAAAAAACAGAAACAUGAAAAUACUUUGAAGUAUCCUAAAUAAGUGUAGAGUUAUUCUACAUUUUAAUGUAAAAAAUAUGUAAAAUUUAACAUGAAUUUUCAAAUAAACAUUUAAAGAUUGCAAAGGGUU